AUGUUUCGUCUUAUGUUAACACGUAUUUUUACGACUGGUCGAGUAAAAAUUAGUUGUUCGAAAGUCAUUACUAAUCAUCAUUGUAAUUUUGUUCGAAAUAUCUCAUCACAAUCGAAUGAUAAUAAUAAUAAUCAAUCUAAAAUUCCUUUAUCUAAUAUAAAUAAAGGAGAAGAAUCAAAAAGAAUGGGAAUACAAUUUACGUGUAAAGUAUGUGAUCAUAGAUUACGAAAAACUUUUACUCGUCAAUCAUAUGAACAAGGAGUUGUUAUAAUUCGAUGUGAUUCAUGUUCAAAUCUUCAUUUAAUUGCCGAUAAUUUAGGUUGGUUUAAAGAUUUAACAGAAAAUGGAAAAUUCAAAAAUAUUGCUCAAAUGCUUCAAGCAAAAGGUGAAACAAUACAUCAUGUAACUGUUGUACCAACUAAUGAUGAAUCAACAUUAAACGAAGAUCAAGUGAUAGAAAAAUUUCCAUUGAAUGAAAAUAAAAUAGUUUCCUCCUAA